ACAAAAAAACAAAACAAAACAAACAAACAAAAAAAAAAACAACCGACAAAAAAAUACCCGGCAAAUGUGAGGGGAAAAACACUCACGGUCCUGACAUUUAUUAUUAUUAUUAUUAUUAUUAUUAGUAGUAGUAGUAGUAGUAGUAGUAGAAGUAGAAAGUAAGUGUCUGAGCUUGGAAAUCAGUUGAACAAAUAAUAUGCGUAAAUGUAGUAUUUGUCCUUUUGUUUACUUUACAGUUAUAAAUGUAACAAACCGCGUAUUAAUUAUAAUAAACAGUGAAUCAAAUUCAGUGCUCAGAAUCUUUCCGUGUUGAUUUUAGAUGAAUAACUCAACACCAACCCAGACAGGAAUAAGAAUCGAUUUAAAAUCGAUUUAACAGUAAAAGAAUUCAGUUUUAUCUGCGGAGCGCGUUUCAGUUUUACGGAUUAAAUAAAGAUCACAGGAGUGUAAAUGUGAAUCAGACUGAUCCGGGAUCGCUGGCAUUCUUUUAUUUUAUUACCUUUUCAAAUGAAUGAUUAAUAUACGGAUUCGAACUCGUGUGAAACACGGCUAUCUUUUCUGUCUACUUUCUUUUCCUUCCGUUUUUUUUUUAUCGGAGGGCAAAUAAAGGGCAUGUAAAAGACGUUUCUAGAGAUCUAGGGAUCUUUCAAUGCUGGGAGAAGGAAUGGAAAAUAAAAGACAUACCGAUAAGGGAAUUAAAGGGAUUUCAUUUGUCCUUGAGAUAUAAAAGGGAUGUUUUUGUGAUUCUUUAGUACUUCGUGCUUCUUCUUCUUCUUCUUCUUCUUCUUCUUCUUCUUCUUCUUCUUCUUCUUCUUCUUUCCUCUGCUAAUAGUCACAAUGUACAGUUCUGAUUUGAUUUGAAGAACUUCACUUAAGCCACAUAUCUGUAAAUAACAUGAAUUACUCCAAAAACAACAGAAGGCUUUAAACAUAUUUAUUAUUAAAGUAUGAGAAAGUUAGCCUACGGCUCACAUGUGGCUCUGAAAAUAUUUAUCUCCUCGUAGCUCUUUAGAGAAGGACCAGGCCUUCCGCAGUCUGUUUAUAAUGAAGCACUGCAUUUAAAUUGAGACGCUUAUCAGAUUUCUUAAAAACAUAAAUGCUCUCCAGACUGAAGUGCAAUGCAGAUAUCAUCAUCAUCAUCAUCAUCAUCAUCAUCAUCAUCAUCAUCAUCAUCAUCAUCACUAACAUUUCAGACCAGCUGAAGCUCUAAUGUCUCAAAUCUCAAAUCAUCUCAACUUCCUAGAAGUUCUUGAUUCUAGGAGUUGCCCUUUUCUAAGACCGAGGCUUAGUCCGCUGACUAAUCGUCUAACAAUGCCAGGACUUCUUACACACAUGACUGUGCAAGGUGUGUGUGACAAAAACACACGACCACACAAACACACCGGCUCAAGCUUCUUCAGUGGCCUGCAGUCUUCAGUGAGUAAUAAAGUUCAGAAUCGAAACAAAUUGAAAAAAAAUAAAAGAAGGACUCAUUCAUCUUUAAAUCGAGGAUUAGGAUCGUGAAUGAGGCCUGAAUUCAAAUCUAAAAUGUUCGCUUUGAAACUUAUGUUUGAAUUCAACACUGGGAAUUUGGGGAAUUUAUCUACAUGGCUUCCAAACACGGAGCGCAGAAUCCCAGACAGCCCUGAGGACACCAGACAGGGUUCUCUAGACAGAACUCAACACUUAGAGCAAAGAUUUAACACCUACAGCACUGAACUGACUCUUUUCAUCGGUCUGUCUCUUCAACAUGUCCGCCUGUGGCUCUGUGCUAUAGAGGACAGACUGUGUGUUAGAGAAAUAACGUGUGUUGUAAGCUGUAAAGUUGAGCUAUAACACAGUAAUAGCUCAGAUUGACACGUUUACACUUUUUCAGACGUUCAGGAGUCCACUCCCUCCUUAUACACGCUGUAGGGCACGAUUUCUGGAGGUUUUUUAGUCACAUCCAAAAGCAGGGAGAUCAUCUACUGCGCUCAUGAGCUCCCGAGACCUGAACAAAUGACAUGAUGUUCCCUAAAGUGCGCAAAAUACCCACAAUGCACCUUGUUCUUAGUCAAGAACAGGACAUGGGGCACCAUUUCAGAAACUGUUAACAUGCUUCUUCUUCUUCUUCUUCUUCUUCUUCUUCUUCUUCUUCUUCUUCUUCGUCCUCAGAUAUGUUUCAUGUUAUCAUGUUUUUCAACACGUGAGCUUAUAUGUGAUCACACGUCAAAAACGUGUAGUUGUGAACUCAGGUGUAAUAAUAUGACCACGUGUCAUAAAUAAAUUGUGUACAAAAAAAAAAAAAAAAAGACGUGAUAUUAAACAAAUAACGUGAAAAAUCCCGUGUAAAAAUUCUUCACGGGUCCUGAGAGUAGAUGAAACGUGUGUACAAAUCACACGUGAAAGUAAACACACACACACACACAUUGCGUGUGAAAAAUAUGUGAAUAUGUCGCGUUAUUUAGAAACCGCAUGAAUGUGAAUUUCACGUGUGAUUGUUGACGUGAGAAUUGUGCAGCUUUUCUGUUUCAUUUCUUUCUUUCCUUUUUUUCUAAGUUUUUUUUUCUAAGUUGGUUGCUAUAAAGUGGCUUCCUGUGUUUUGUGGGAACAUCAGUGUGGCCUCUAAAACCUUCAUGUGAACACACACACACACACACACACACACACACACACACACACACACACAUAUACACACUCCUCUCAUUGGCCGCUGAAGCCAUCAUGUGGACUUUGAUGACCUGUCAAAAGCGGUGGGAGGAGCUUAUGUGACGUCAGACAGAAUGUGAGCGAGAGAGAGAGAGAGAGAGAGAGAGAGAGAGAGAGAGAGAAUUGGACGGGCAAAAGAGCAGAAGAACAGCUGAAAGAGAGAAGAGAGAGAUGGCAGUGUGAGAAAUGUGUGUGUGUGAGAGAGAGAGUGUGUGGAUAUAAUAUCUCCUACCUGUCUCUGUCAGUCUGCGCUCAUUUACUGCUGCGAUACACAUACACACACACACAAAACACACACACACACACACACACACACACACACACACACACACACACACACACACUGCUCAGGGUUGAUCUCCGGGCUGAGCUGGAAAAGAUUUUUUUUUUAUUAUUAUUAUUAUUUUUGUGAAAAAGAAGAUCUGAUCUGAGUGAGGAAGGAUCUGCUAAGCGGACGGACACACACACACACACACACACACACACGCACACACGGCCCAGUGUGUCUCUUCUUCUUCCCAUUCCGGAGUUUUUCUCUUCAAUCCGUUUAACCGAAAACGCGACUUCUGUCUUUUUUAACGCUCAAUGAACUCGAUGAAGGAUCCUCUGAGUUUAGAUCAUCAUCAUCACCACCAUCAUCACCACCACAUCUCAGGAGGUUCCAAACUGAUCUCGGCUCUCCACAUGGCCUCCAAACAGGGAGUGGAGGGAAACACGGACACACACAGUCCCGAGGCCGCAGAAAAAGAGAAAGUCCAGAGUAAAAACGAAGACUCCUCUGAUGAUCCGUCGAAGAAGAAGCGGCAGCGGCGGCAGAGGACGCACUUCACGAGCCAGCAGCUGCAGGAGCUCGAGGCCACAUUCCAGCGGAACCGUUACCCGGACAUGAGCACGCGCGAGGAGAUCGCCGUCUGGACCAAUCUCACGGAGGCGCGAGUCCGGGUUUGGUUCAAGAACCGUCGCGCUAAAUGGCGGAAGCGCGAGCGCAACCAGCAGGCCGAGCUCUGCAAGAACGGCUUCGGCGCGCAGUUUAACGGCUUGGUGCAGCCCUACGACGACGUGUACCCGAGCUACACGUAUAACAACUGGGCGGCGGCGGCUAAAGGGCUGGCUCCGGCCUCGCUCUCGGCCAAGAGCUUCCCGUUCUUCAACUCGAUGAACUCCAUCAGCCCUCUGUCGUCCCAGGCGAUGUUCUCCGCCGCGCCGCCGCCGCCGCCUCCGCCUCCGCCCGCGCCGAGCUCCAUCUCCUCCAUGAGCAUGAGCAUGAGCUCCGGCAUGGCCGUGCCCACGUCCGGUCUCAACGGCCUCAACAACCUCAACAACCUCGGCAACGCGUCGCUCAACUCGCCCGCCGCAGGGUGUCCGUACGCCCCGCCGACUCCACCCUACGUCUACCGGGACACGUGUAACUCCAGCCUGGCGAGUCUGAGACUCAAAGCCAAGCAGCACUCGAGCUUCGGCUACGCGGGAGUCCAGAACGCCGCCACGAACCUCAGCGCGUGUCAGUACGCCGUGGACAGACCCGUGUAGACGCGCAGGAAGAGGAGCAAGCGCAAUUUAAAUAAAAUCAUCAUCAUUAAGAACUAAGAACAAAUCCCAGGGAAAGAAAAAAAAAAGCAAGACAUGUUUUGAUUUAAUUUUCCCGUCACAGAUAAAUAAAUACUAAAAUAAAUAAAAGCGCACAGAGAAUUAAGGACUGAACAUCUCGGGAAUCCCUGGACUUCACUCUUUUUUCUUUUCUUUUUUUUUCUUUUAGUUUUAAUGUUUAUUUUCUUCCCAAAUGAAACCUGGCACUAUACAGAAGAACGAAUUAAACCAUCGUCGUCCUCGUCCACCUCUUCACCGUCCGGACGGAGUUUGUUUUCAACCAAAAGAUGAACUUUCAACACAAAACUGGGAGAUUUCUCAGCGACGGGUGUGUAGCAUUUAGACAAGAACAAGAAAAAAAAAACCCACCCUCAUUAAUAAGCUCGAUUUUUCUUUCGCCUUCUGGACUUUAAGUGACUGCACUUAAUGUGUAAAUAUUGUCUGAAUAUCAUCUCCAGGUUUGUAGAGGCUUCCGGGCCUUUGGUUUAAAAACAAAAAGAAAAAAAAAUCACUUUAACAGCGCAUGUGAUGAAAAUGUCUUGCUUGCAGUUUAAGGGGAAUGUACAUAAACCUGGCAUAUAAAUUUAUUAUUAAAUGUCUGUUGUGAAUAUAGAUUUAGAAUAGAAAACAAAAACCCAAAAAAUGUUUCUGCGGGGAUAAAAAGGAAUGAAAUUGGUUUUUUGCUCUGUGUAUAGUACUACUAUUUGGUACGGAUUAUUAUUAUUAUUUUUAUUUUUAUUUUAUUAUUUUUUUUUUUUUUUUGCAACAACCCAAAAAUAAUAAACUAUUGUGUUUUAUUUAA